CAAUAGCUAUGUCAAUGGAAGCGUGCAUGAAGUUAUUUGACAUUUAUUAGGAGAGUAGUCAUCUCGCACAACUAAAGUUGAAUUUAGCUGUGCAACAAGUCCGAUAUUGAUUCUGACACCGAUGAGUGUGCACGAUGUCUCACCUUUCAGUAUAAAGACGCAGUGACAAUGAGUGGGGGAAGAAGGCACCAAUAUGUCAGAUGUGUACAUUAGUGAGAGUAUACUUCGAGAAUACGAGACACGUCCCGGCCGUCCGUACUGCACACACUCAGCCGAACGUUGAAGCAGGAAGUGCACAACAACUGAGAUGUAAUGAGUGUUUUGAUUUGAAGUAUGACUUCGAAUUCCCAGGAACGCUUAACUCGUCUACUACCUGCGAGCAAUGUAUGUUGUCAAAGAAUUCCAACCACGGUGCGUCUUCGUCUACCCUCACGGCAAAUCAAUUAAACACUACGAUCGCAUACCAAGAGACUGCUGCUACUGAUAGUUCGCGCCGCAGAAAUUGCCAAUCG